AGAAUUUAGUUGUCUAAUGUUAACGCUUAAAGAAUGAAGUGUUUACUUGCUUUAGUAGUGUUGACAUGCUAUUGGCUGGGAUGUGGCCUUGCAGAACGGAUUUUAGUGUUGGCGCCUCUGUGUUCUAAAAGUCACAUAAUAUCUUUUAUGCCGAUCGUAGAAUCAUUGGCAGAGAAGGGUCAUCACGUAACGGUUGUCACUCCAUUUUCAAUCGACAACCGUGUUGAAAAUGUCGAUGAGAUAGUUCUUGAAAAUGACAUCUUCAAGGACCUGAACAUUGAUUGGUUUAAAAUGCAACGAGAAAAUACUUUUGAAACAUUCACACGGACCAUAACAAUGUUCCAGACAACGAUGAAAAGGGGCUACGAACUUUUGAUUAAUAACAAAGAAUUCCGUAAAAUUCUUGGCUCUCGUGAUGUAGAUCUUGUCAUUGUUGACGCAAUUUUAAAUGAUUUUGUUUUACCUGUCGUUGAGCACUUAAACGUGCCGUACAUUUUUUAUUGUUCGGCUUCAGGUGUACCAUGGGUAAUGGAUGCUGUCAAUGUUCCCCACCAACAUGCUUCAGUUCCAGGAGGUUUGGGAGAUAACGGUAGCCAGAUGACGUUCAUGGAGCGAAUGGGAAACUUCAUUUCAAUCGAGAUGUUCCUUCUUGUUCGUAAAUUUCUUUGGCUCGACAUAUUAGAUGAAAGGAUACGCAGGGAUUUUCCUAAUGCACGAUCCGUUUCCGAAAUUGAGCGCGAUUCCCAGCUUUGCAUCGUCAAUAGCCACCCAGCAACGGCUUGGGCUAGACCGUUGCCCCAGAACAUGAUCCCAAUUCCAGCUUUACAUACACGGCCAGCGAAACCACUUCCGCAUGAUCUACAAAUUUUAGCUGAUGGAGCAGAUCAGGGAUUCAUCAUCUUUACUUUGGGCUCUGCUAUUCCCGUAUCUUCUAUGCCACUGCACUUGGUCAAGAUCUUUGUUCAAGUUUUUGCUCGAAUUCCACAACAGGUUUUUUGGAAAUGGGAAAGAUCAGACGCUUUGAUCCACGAUUUACCGCCAAAUGUUAAAAUUGCUGAAUGGUUGCCCCAGCAAGAUCUCUUGGGUCAUGAAAAUGCUCGCUUGUACAUUUCACACGGUGGCUUAAUUGGAAUCCAAGAGACAGUAUUUCACGGUGUACCUAUUCUUGGAAUUCCUUUCGGAAAUGAUCAGCGAGGAAACCUGGCCAAGGCACGUGAAGAGGGAUACGGUCUUAAACUAGGUUGGGAUGAUCUCACGGAAGAGCUGCUGUACGAUAGCAUUCAAUCACUACUACACAAUGCGAGCUAUAGGGGGAAUGCAACCCGACUUUCGAAGAUGAUGCAACACCAGCUAAUGCCGGGCCGUGAGAUUGCCGUUUACUGGGUGGAGCACGUCUUGCGCCACGGUGGGAAACACCUAACUCCUGCAUCGAAAAAUUUGCCUUUCUAUCAACAUCAUCUCCUGGACGUCUGGCUAUUCCUGACUUUUACGCUCGGGGCAACUUUCUUCGUGAUUUUCAAGCUUACGACCUGUUUGGUUAGAAAAACUGUUAAAUUCCGCAAAGCGAAAACUCAGUGAGGUAUCCAAGUCGCCUCUAAUUAAGAUGGGAAAUGUUGGAUAUAGCUUCUUCAGCUAAACCUCAAACAGUUAAUAGAUUACUUGUUAAACACUUCAAAGUAAAAAAGCUUAUCAUACCUGUAAACAAAAACUAACUAAUAGAUGAUUCUUGGAACUGU